AUAAACCAGUCUCCCUACAAGAACUUGAGAAAGAAGAGAGAGAAAGAGAAAAGAGGAGAGAGAGUAGUGUAUAUGGCUGGCUUGGUAACAUCUCCCAUGGUGUAUCUUCAUAUUUUUCUUCUGACUUUCAUCCUAGCUGCAGUUGCUUCAGCUCGACUCGAGCCGGGUCAACUCAGUCGCAAAGCCUUAUUGGAACAAGAGGCUGACCGAGUCACCAAACUUCCCGGCCAACCUCCGGUGACUUUCAGGCAAUAUUCAGGCUAUGUUACAGUCAAUAAAACUCAUGGGAGAGCACUGUUUUAUUGGUUUUUCGAAGCCACGUAUAAACCCGAAAACAAGCCUGUCCUUCUAUGGCUCAAUGGAGGUCCAGGAUGUUCAUCAAUUGGAUAUGGGGCAGCAGAGGAGUUAGGUCCUUUCUUCCCUCAAAACGACACACGUACUCUUAAGUUCAACAAUCGCACUUGGAAUAAAGCGGCCAACUUGUUAUUUCUGGAAUCUCCUGUUGGUGUUGGUUUUUCGUACACAAAUACCUCUACUGACAUUGAUCAACUUGGUGACACCAUUACAGCCAAGGAUUCGUACAUAUUUCUUGUCAAUUGGUUUAGAAGGUUCCCACAAUUCAAGUCACAUGAGUUCUACAUUUCCGGAGAAAGCUAUGCAGGGCACUAUGUUCCCCAGCUUGCAGAACAAAUUUUCGACAAUAAUAAGAAUGCUCCAAAGGAUGACUAUAUAAACCUCAAAGGUUUUAUUAUAGGGAAUGCAUUAUUGGAUGACGAAACAGAUCAAAAGGGCAUGAUUGAUUACGCUUGGGACCACGCUGUGAUAUCAGAUCGUGUGUAUGCGGAUGUAAAAAGCAAAUGCAACUUCACUGAUCCAAAUACGUCCAAUGACUGCGGUGUUGCCCUUAAUGACUUCUUUGUUGCUUACAAUGACAUAGACAUGUACAGCUUGUAUACUCCACUUUGUGUUGAUAGUACCUCUAGCACCACUAGAAAAACUCCCAUGAUCCAAGGCAUUGCUCCUCAAUUAUUUUCUAAAAUUGAGGGGUGGCACCAGAGACCAGCUGGGUAUGACCCUUGCAUAUCAGACUACACUGAGAUAUACUUGAAUAGGCCAGAUGUUCAACAUGCUCUCCAUGCCAAUGUCACCAAAAUUCCCUAUCCGUGGACCCACUGCAGUGAUAAUAUAACAUUUUGGAGUGAUGCACCAUCCUCCAUCCUUCCUCUCAUCAAAAAGCUUAUUGCUGAAGGCCUCCGCGUAUGGAUUUACAGUGGAGACACCGAUGGAAGAAUUCCGGUGACCUCGACGAGGUACACGUUGAAAAAGCUUGGUUUGAAAACUAUUGAAGAAUGGACUCCUUGGUUCACCAACCAUCAACAGGUUGGUGGGUGGAGAAUUGAGUACGAAGGGCUCACGUUUGUGACAAUCAGAGGAGCUGGACAUGAAGUGCCUUCUUUUAAGCCCGUGCAAUCUCUUCAGCUAGUUAGACAUUUCUUGGACAAUAAGAAGUUGCCAUCUAAACCAUAUUAAAUAUAUUUGAUUCUUCAAUUGAUUGUCUUUAGUAAAAAAUAAAAAAAUAAAAAAAUAAAUAAAAAAUGGAAGAGCAAUGCAUCACAUGAAUUGAUUAUCUUUAUUGAUUGUCUUUAGCCAUCCCGUUUCCCUAAUGACUUGGCACGAUAAUGUGGCAAAGAC